CUACGUCAGUGGUAGAGUUUUUAGUGUUUGGGGGGGGGUGGGGGGGGUGCAGGGUCCGAUUACCGUUUUGCUCCAGCUUUACUGGGAACUUCUCCCGGUCUGUAGAUCAGGCGCGGACCGCCCUCUCUCCGCUGCUUUUCUAUCAAAAAUACACUCGGUUCCUCCCGACUAGACAGACAUGAGCAUCGAGACGCUCCUGGAAGCCGCCAAGUUUUUGGAAUUGCAAGCCCAGCAACAACAGAAAGCACGUGAGGAUGAGCUGAGAGAAAAGCUUCGUCUGCAGCAGAAGACCGACUACAGCUACCCUGAUGGGAACUGUAACUCAACAGAUCACAUCAACAAUGUUUCUAAAGCGGAACCGCUCAGAGCCGAGUUCUGCCCAGCACCCAUCCCACCCUCCAUCCCCGUCGUCACCCCCGACCCUACGGCUUCGCCCACUCUGCCUGUUACUACACUUUCCCCUCCAGCUGCUCCCUCGUUGGCCUCCCCGCUGAGAGACCCACACUCCCCUCAGGAGCAAAGCGCUGCAGGCGUGCUGUGCUCCCCGCCACCCAGAUCGGACCAUUCAGCCCCUACUGACCACAUGCAGCCCAUACAGAACCACCACCAUCACCUACAGCUCAUCGAGCCAAUCAACAACACUAAACCGCUCCAGCAGCUGGUUCAUUGCUAUCCUGGUUCAGUCGUCUCUACCCCACAGCACCAUGCCUUACUGCCCCACCCGGGCCCUGUGCUUCAGCCCACUCCCCCACAAAACGCCCCCAUCAGCCAGGGGAGUCCUACCGACGACAGCCGCCAGCUGGACAGCAAGAAGAGGCCUGGAGGGGCUGGCACUAGAGAGGUGCACAACAAGCUGGAGAAGAACAGACGAGCUCAUCUGAAGGAGUGCUUUGAAACGCUGAAGAAGAACAUCCCAAACAUUGAUGAAAAGAAAACCUCCAACCUGAGUGUGCUGAGAAGUGCUCUGAGAUACAUCCAGACAUUGAGGCGUAAAGAGAAGGAGUACGAGCACGACAUGGAGCGACUGGCCAGAGAGAAGAUCGCCACCCAGCAGCGACUGGCCGAGCUGAAGAACGAGCUGAAUCAGUGGAUGGAUGUAAUGGAGAUCGACCGGAUCCUCCGGCAGACGGUGCAGCCAGAGGAGGACCAGGCUUCCACUUCCACAGCCUCAGAGGGUGAGGACAUAAUGGAUGAAGACCUGAGCGAAGACACAACAGAGGAAACACGGUCCUCAACGCAGAGUCAGACUCCACCUGGGACAGCUGUGCCCACCUCCAUCAUCGCUCAGCACGUCUCCACCCAAAACAAACCCCCCCAGCCACAGUCCAUUCUUCCAGCUCCACCACCCUGCACUCCCACUGCUCCCACUCAGCCUCCCAUCUCCACUCAGACGCACAUAGUAACCGCAUCCAAUCUGCACCCCACUGUCAUCGCCCACGCUUCGAUGUCCCACCCCUCCGUCAUUCAGGCAGUGAACCGCGUCAUCCAUGGUGUGGGUCCUAAACACAUCCCCCAUCUGGCUCCUUCCACCACCUCGAGUCAUCAGCCCAUCGGCCACAUCACCGUGCACUCUGUGGCUCACCUGGGCCAGCACAUCCCCACCCUGUACCCCCAACCGGUGGCAGUCACGCAGCCGGCCGUGGUGGGUCAUAUCACUCACACGUUAAACCACGGCCACCCCCACAUGAACGGUACCUCUCCCACCCAGGCCGCCAUCGUCGGUAAGCAGGGAGCAGUUAGUGCCCAAAUGAUGGCACACCAUCCACAGCUGGUUGGUCAGACGGUGCUUAACCCUGUCACUAUGGUGACCAUGCCCUCCUUCCCCAUCAGCACUUUGAAGCUGGCCUGAACACUCCCCUCAGGACCACUAGGCACAGAUGGGAGGAGUUCCAUGGCUGAGGUCGGGCUGAAUCAGGGCGAGGCACCUGAUCUAAGAACAGUAGACUCAGUCAGGAACAACCAAACAACGCUACUACAGGUUCCUGGAGACCUGGUUCAAGAAGCAGCUGGCUGCUGGCAGUCCUCAUCGGACGUUUAGACCCGUACAAUGAAACAGGUUAUUGAACAGAAACCAGAUUCCUCCUUGCCUUGGCAGAGAGCUAGACCACCAAACCCAGCAGUCUGAGAAUGUGAUCCAGAGCAGCUCCUCCCCUCCAGCAGCACGUGCUGUCAGGCUGGAGCCCCGAACAGAAGCUGCAGUCAUCAGCGUGCGAGUAUGUAGCAGCAGCGCCCCCUUCUGGCUGUUGGUGCUAAACGUAUGACGUUGAUCAACAAAUCAGCUCUGUCAGGGUUUAGUUAUGGCAAUCAACAUCCUGGUGAUUGUACACAAACUAGUUUCAUCACUGCUGCUUCUUUAUUUAAAAUUUUAUUUUUUUGCCAAAUAUGAUUCAUUUCUACAUAAACACCCCAAAGAUGGUUUGGGAUAUUGUGUGAGAAACUCAGGCUUUUAGUUGUCCUUUACCGUGGUGGGAUGUGUGUUUGUGAGAAUGAACCUCAAGCUGCUGCAGAGAUAUUUACUAAAGCUGUUGCAUAUUUAAUCACAGACAGGAAUUCAGCUAAUGUGUGUAAAUUAAGAUCAUCCUUUUACAAAGUUUGCACUGUGAACAUUUCUACUGUCAGCCUGACAGCACUUAGAGCAGCCGAGCUCUGCUGAGUCCAUGUGAAUGUACUGAUCUGUGAACAGAUGACACACAUUUAAGUCACAUUACACUUCAAAACAAACUUGUAUUUUAUUUUAAACGUACUGUUGCUUAUUAUUGUAGUCGAUUCUAUAACCUUUCCUCUCUGGGACCAUGCACAAUGCUGUAUAUUAACCCACUCAGAGCUCUUCUGCUGUGAGAAUAUUUGGCCACUUUAAUAUAUUUUUUUGUAAAAUAACUUUUUUUUUCUUUUGUAGUAUAAAUAUCAAGCAACAGUUUUUCCACUACUUUAUUGAAAUAAUCCUGAGCAACUACUUUUGUAUUUUAGCUGAACAAGAAUAAAUGUCAUUGAAGAAGCAA